CAUGCAUUUUCUCCCACAGGGCAAAAUCUCUGAUCAAGUUUACAACUAUCCAGAGGGCUUAGGAGAAGUGCUUUAUAGAGAACAGUUCGACUUCAACGCUGAGCCACCUUGGGAACCUAGCUGAUGAUAGUAGGGUUCCAUCUCCUAACUUGUCCAUUUUGUUGCAUAAUUUAAGGACCCGGAUAUAAGGCUUGGAAGCCCAUCCCUUGUGUUUCUUGGUUUAUGACUGUCGGCUUUGUGGAAUACGGCUGAGAUGAAAGGAUUUCUUGAGGAUGCAAAUUACUCCAUUGGCCUGUUGGAUGAAGGAGCAACUCUUGCAGAUGUUAUUGACAACUGUAUUUAUGAACAUACUCAUGCUGGAAAAAGAGCAUUUUAUGUUGGCGAUCUUGGAAAACUUGUGAAGAAGAACAUACAAUGGCAGAAUGUGAUGGCACCAAUAAAACCAUUUUAUCCUGUAAGAUGCAAUUCUACUCCAGGUGUACUCGAAAUUUUGGGAACCCUUGGUGUUGGAUUUGCAUGUUCCAGUAAAUCUGAAAUGGCAUUGGUACAAGACCUGGGCAUUUCUCCUGAAAACAUUAUCUAUACAAAUCCUUGCAAGCAAGCUUCUCAGAUAAAGUAUGCAGCAAAAGCUGGGAUAAACGUCAUGACUUGUGACAAUGAUACUGAACUGAAGAAAAUCGCACGUAACCAUCCAAAUGCUAAGCUCUUACUGCACAUUGCCACAGAAGACAUCACUGCUGAUGAGGAGGUGAACAUGAAGUUUGGCACCACCCUGAAGAACUGUAGGCACCUUAUGGAAUGUGCUAAGGAGUUGGGAGUCCAAAUAGUUGGUGUCAAAUUUCAUGUUUCAGGCUCUUGCAAGGAACUGCAAACGUACAUUCAUGCUAUAUCUGAUGCUCGGUGUGUGUUUGACAUGGCUGAAGAAUUUGGCUUUAAGAUGAACAUGUUGGAUAUUGGUGGGGGCUUCACAGGUUCAGAACUUCAGCUGCAAGAGGUAUGUAGGGUAUUGGAAGCUGAAACUCUUUAUUUUGAUUUAAGAAGUUGA